AUGGCUGCCGCUCCAGAGCCCGGCGAGCCCGGGAAGGGGAAGACAUUUAAGCUCCUAGGAAUCUUAGAUGUUGCAAACAUUUCCUGUGCACGGGAUUCAGUAUUAUAUGGUUCAUUAGGAUCUGUUGUGGCUGGCCUUGGACAUUUUUUAUUAACUAGUAGAAUUAGAAGAUCAUGUGAUGCUGGAGUAGGAGGAUUUAUUUUGGUGACUUUAGGAUGCUGGUUCCAUUGUAGGUAUAAUUAUGCAAAGCAAAGAAUCCAGGAAAGAAUUGCCAGAGAAGGAAUUAAAAAUAAGAUAUUAUAUGAAAGCACCCACCUUGAUCCUGACAGAAAACAAACCAACAGCGACAGCAGCAAUUAAGCAAUCUUGAGCACAGAAAACCAAACACAGCUCCCUGAUGUCAACGUGAACAAAGCUGAUAUUAAUCAUUUAAACAUUUUAUGUACAGUAAGCUUGCAAUCAAGUAAAUAAAGUAUGUGUA